AUGUUCGCUGCCCCUGCCCACAGCAAAGCAACGCCGGCCAGCCUUUGCCAGCCACAGUGGUGCGAUGCCACGCAGCGAUUGCACGCCCUGCAGGUCCCCGAGCUUCGAGCGGCCCCACGUGGGGCGCGUGGCCUCGGCAGCGGUGUCGCUGGCCUGGCGGUGACGGUUGGCUCGGUGUGGUGGGCGUCAAGGCUGCGGCGAGCGGCAAAGCCGCUGCCGAGCAGGUGCAGCUUCCUGGCCAGUCAUCCACUAGUCGUCCCACGAUCACCGGCUUGGAGACCAAUCAGCUGUCGAGCUGCUGCGUCGGAUAGUGAGGAGGUGAGUGUCCUCCCCGACUUGCCGGCCACAGAAUUGCUUGAGCGGGUUCUUGCUGGCCUGGAGAAGGCCUGCAAAUCCGUGGAAGGCAAGAUCGGAGGUCUUCGGAAGCAGAUCCGUGACCCCGAGGAGGCGGUUCUGUGGAGACGCAGGGGAGAUGGGCUGCUGAACGUCCGGGAGCCAUGGUAUCCGGGCAUGACCGAGGUUGGCGUGCCCGACUACAGCAACCUUGGUGAUGACGGCCUGCCUUUGCUGCUGACGGUGGAGCUUGACCCAAAGAUGGACUUCAAGAAGAACGCGCAGCUCUGUUUCAAGCAGGCUGGGAAGAUCGACAGAGGCAUCGCGAAGUGCACGCCGCUGGUCGAGGCGCAGGAGGUCGCUCUGAAGAGAUGGAAGGGGCAGCUGCAGAAGGUGGAAGGUCUGCGCGACACUGCCGCAGCGGACGAAGUGGUCUUGGAGCAGUUGGCGCCGUUGUACCAAGAGCUUUGCGAGGAACGGUACAUCAGGAAGCCCAAAGUAAAGGCUGCCGCGCUCGGGAAGCAAGAGGAGACGCAAGAGCAGAAGUGGAAGCGGAAGUAUGGAAAGGAUGUGGACCGUUUCGUCUCACCCAGUGGCCACGAAGUCUUGGCCGGACGUUCCGCGAGUGCGAAUGAGCGCGUCUCCUUCGAGCUGACCUUCAAAGACGCCCUGUGGUCGGACUCUUAUGCUCUAGUUCGGGGAUAUGAGCGCAUGUUUCUGAAUGGGAAGGGGGCGCCUGCCGCAGCAAUCUGGGCUGUAGAGAGGCUUCGCCGUCAUUUGUGGCCGUGCGCAUUGCGCAUGGGCUACGGCAAAGACAGGGACAAAGAGCAAUCCCAGGCGGUGGCCCAGGUGGACACCCGCGUUGGCCAGUUCACACCAGUUGCCGAGUGGAACUUUCGCGAGGUUCAUCGCGCCCAGCGAGGUCGCAAUGAGCGUCGCGCCACCUGGGACAUCAAACCUGGUGACAAAAUCCUGGCCGUCAAUGGGGCGGAGGCCAGCGACCGGGCCAUGCUUCAGGAGCUGCAGUCGGCUGCCAGCAUGGACUCGCCCAAGAACCUGGACCUGAAGCUGCAGCGGGAGAUGGCUGACGUCUUCGGGCCCUCGGCUCCCUCGGUGCCCGGAGCGUCGCAGAGCUCCUGGCGGCCCCCGCGCCCAGAGGAACGCAGGCGCCACUCCGACUCACUGCUGCCUCCGGAGCCACUAAGCAGCCGUGGCUUGCGAUCUUCUGAGAGGCGGGCUGCAUCUGCCCAACCGAGUGCCGAGCGUUCCGAGACGAACUUCUUGGCCCCUCCCAGUGCACGCUGGUCGGCCGAGUUAUUGCACACUGGCCACUUAGAUGUUCGGUCCUCUUCCUGCGAGCCUCGGCCGCCCCCGACGCCGCUGUCCAAGGGCCACACCACGGCCAGGAAUCGCGAGUUUGGAACCGGGGCGUCGAGCCUAAACCAAGCUGCCCGAGCCAUGCUCCACUGCUAG